CAAACCCACACACUCUUCACACACAGGCCACCACCCUCUUCGUCUCAAAACAUUCGAUUCUCUUUGCUCUCACUUCUAGGGUUUUCUCUGCGCAAUCUCUGGUUUUUGCAGCUUCCGUUUCAUUCAGCAAUCAUGGAAGACGAGUCACAAAAUGAUAUGAAGGAGGAGGUUGCAGAAUUUGCACCACUUGAUAUGACUAAGAAGAAGAAGAAGAAGAAAAUUACAAUUGUAGAUCCUGCUGAUGACUCAGUGGACAAAUUGGCGGAGAAGACAGAAAACCUGUCAGUUUCUGAUGGGGUUGAGACUGCAUUUGCUGGUUUGAAAAAAAAGAAAAAGAAGGCUGUUGAUAUCGGUAACCUAAAUGAAGAGAGUGGAGAAGCAAUUGAAGAUUUGGAUGAUCAAGCUGAAGAUGAUGAAGGAGAAGCAGCUGCUUUGCAUGUUCGAUAUCCUUGGGAAGGGAGCGAACGUGAUUAUCAAUAUGAGGAGCUUCUUGGCAGGGUCUUUAACAUUCUACGGGAAAACAAUCCAGAACUUGCUGGAGAUCGGCGGAGAACAGUUAUGAGGCCUCCUCAAGUUCUUCGUGAGGGCACAAAGAAGACUGUGUUUGUGAAUUUUAUGGAUCUAUGCAAAACGAUGCAUCGGCAGCCAGACCAUGUCAUGGCUUUCUUGCUUGCUGAAAUGGGUACAAGUGGAUCGCUAGAUGGACAGCAGAGAUUGGUAGUAAAGGGAAGAUUUGCACCCAAGAACUUCGAAGGAAUUCUUCGACGAUAUAUCAAUGAAUAUGUCAUUUGUCUGGGAUGCAAGAGUCCGGACACUAUACUUUCAAAGGAGAACCGUCUAUUCUUUCUUCGUUGUGAGAAGUGUGGAUCAGGAAGAUCAGUUGCUCCAAUUAAGGCUGGUUUUGUUGCUCGUGUUGGCCGUAGGAACGCCGGGACAUGAUUUGGUCACACUUUUUGUCUUUGUUGAAACUGACUGGGGAAAUGAACCUCUUAUUGAUUUUUUUCACAUUUAUGAUGUAACCCUUGCUCUCCAAUUUUGAGUUUGUUUCAGUUAUAGUAUUUCUAAGGGUCAUCAUUGGUAUCUCUAUCCCCUCUCCCCACCCGCUCCCUUUUUUAGGUGCAAGUGUAAUUCUUUUAAUGAAAAUGAUAGUUUGCUCAUACUCUUGGAAAUACUUAGGCCAUUUAAGAAAUAAUUGUCCUGGAA